CCGACCGUUUACCGGUUACAAGGUGACGUUUGACGCCCCGUUCCUCGAAAGCACGUACAUAGUGAUGGACGUCUGAGCUCCCUUACUGACUCUGCUCUUUGCGACGACCACCGCAAUUGACGAUGUCGCCUGCGAUCAAAAAGAAGAAGGAUGACCUUGGCGCUGGGCUGCGCGUGUCGAAGGACAACAUUGCUGCGCAUCCUGCUGGGCCACCGAAGUAUGGCGAAUUGACGCAGGCAGAGAGGGCAUUCACCCUAGCGUCGACAUUCCUGUCUGGAGUUCUGGCUAUCAGCGCGUCGCAAUUUCUGGGAGCGCCGUUAAAGUUGAUCGAUCCCCAGUUCUAUGAAGGGUAUAUGGCCUAUACGAAGGAAUGCUUUGCUAUCUUGAUCACGUGUCUGACCCAGUGGUGGGCGCCCACGAUUGUCCGGGUCAGUGGCGAUUCAAGCAUGAUCGGACAACUCAUCCAGAGGAAAGAUGGAAGCCUGCAGUGCAAUUUUGCAGACCGCAUGGUGUUGAUGGCUAACCACCAGCUGUACACAGACUGGCUGUAUCUCUGGUGGAUUGCGUAUACUAACAACAUGCACGGCUUCGUUUAUAUCAUCUUGAAGGAAUCGCUCAGGAACAUUCCCAUUAUCGGUUGGAGCGCGCAAUUUUACAAUUUCAUUUUCCUAGCCAGGAAUUGGGAGGAGGAUCAACGCCGCUUCAAGAAGGCUUUGUCGCGCCUCAGCAACGUGACCCAGCCAAUGUGGCUCAUCAUAUUUCCAGAAGGAACUAACCUGUCAUCCACGACUCGAGAGAAGAGCAAGGCUUGGGCUGCGAAGAACAACCUGCAAGACAUGAAACAUCAACUUCUACCGCGAAGUACGGGACUGCGGUUCUGCUUGAACGAACUCAAAGACUCCACGGAGUGGCUGUAUGACUGCACCAUCGCGUAUGAAGGCGUACCGCCCGGACAAUUUGGGCAGGAUAUCUUCACGCUACGCUCCACCUUCUUUGAAGGCCGCCCACCGAAGUCAGUCAACAUGCACUGGCGCCGUUUUCACAUCUCUGAUAUCCCCAUUCAAAAUACGAAGGCCUUUGAAGUAUGGCUGCGGAACCGCUGGAGAGAAAAGGACUACAUGCUCGAAUAUUUUCAAAAGCAUACUCGAUUCCCGGCUGAAAAUUUCUGGAAGGAUCAUCUUGACAUAGGCGACCGCAGCUCGCAAGGCUCGCAGAGCAUACGCAGUGUGCCGAGGCCAGCUGUUCAAAUCGAGACGCAAAUCAAGUCUGCCAACUGGAAUGAAUUCGUUAAAAUCUUUGCCCCCAUCAGCAGUGUCUUGAUGGCAUUGACGGUUGCGUAUGGGGCAAACCCAGCGGAUAUCAUACCUGGUGGUAAAGAGUUUUUCGAACAGCAUAUGAAGCAGUUGUUGGGAGGCGGGGGAGAAAUGGGAGGGCUUCCAAGUCCAGAUCAACUUGAGAAGAUGAUUGAAGGAGCGGCCAAGCUGGGAGCAGCGCAAGCUGCAGAUCCACAGCAGAUGCCACAGGUAGCGGCGCUUACACAAGAGAACCUGGCGAAGCUGGUCAAGGAGACAGCGAUCAAGAACGGCGCGGUGUUACCAGGAGGAAUGAGAAGAGCCAGUACUGCACUGCCACAGGCUCCAACGAAGACCCUCGCGACACCGACAACAGCACCAACACGCGCAAAGAGUGCAGUUGUUACUCCCUCUUCAGCCCGAAAGCCGGCUGGCGCUGCAGCCAAACCGAAAGUAGCAGCAGCUGUGCCCGUGAAGCCCAAGGCUGCACCUGUCAAACCCAAAGCGACAGUAAAACCCAAGGCCGCACCGCCGACAGGUGCUAUGAAGGAACUGACAUUAGCGUCCGGCGUCACGAUCAAAGUCCCAGCACAAGCCGUCGAGGACGCCAAAAAGACUGGCGCAACCACAAUCACAACAGCGAACGGCCUCGAGCUCAACAUCGGGAAAAAAGACAUCGAGAAAGCGCAAGCAAGUAAAGGCAACACCAUCAUGACCACCUCGGGUAUUCCAAUCAAAAUCACAUCAGGGGGUGCCAUCGAAGUUACCAAAAAGCCACCGCCAACGAAAGCGAGCCCUGCACCAAAGCCCGCGGUGAAGAAGGCUGCACUUACACCUGCAAAGGCGCCAGCGAAGCACAAUGGGGCGACGAGUGCGCCAAAGAAGUUGGCUGCAAGUACAGCCGGGCCGAAGAAGAUUGCUACGAAACCUUCGACUAUACAGACGAAAGCACCGACAAAGCUGGCUGCGAAGUAAAUGUACCUUAUUAUGGCGUAGGAAACAGAGCAGGCUUGCUCAGGCGUUGGAUACCCGCACACUCUAGCUUUCACGAAUUUCUAUAUGUAACUUUUUCAAUCUCAAAUUGACUGAGAUUGCUAUCUACUCCUUACAUCGAUACUGUACAUACCACAAUUUAUUCCAAUAAUCUACUUGCAGACAAA